CACCCCCCCUCGCUUCUUCUGAAACUUUCACUUGGCUCCCGCUGCCCCUCCCGCGCAGACGCCGUCAUAAUCCACCGGAUUCGCACCCUAAAUCUGUGCUGAACCAAGGACGCCGCAUCCCGCAAUUAACGAAGUUGCCGCGUGCUGCGUCGGAAGGCUAAGCUUCCUGAGAUGCAGGGCCCGUGUUGAAAUUCAGAUCGGGAUUCGGCAACGGUGGUGGCAACGCGGGGGGCAUCUACAUUUCGUGUACAUUCGCCGCCUCCGGUCCACUGAUGGUAGCGAGUCUCGCUCGUGGUGAGCAACUGGCGCGGAAGAGAUGGCCGGCUGUCAUCGUGGUCUGCAUGGUCUGCGCUGUGCGCAGCUGCUGUUGAGGACCACCACAACUGGAUUGUUGACAAGCGUUAGCAGAUUUGGGUCUGCUCUGCCGCAACCUGAAUUGGAAUCGUCUUUGUAUUCUCCAUUUUCAGGAUUCUCUUCCUCGUAUUGUUGGAAUGGCUCGUUUUCUUCGUUUUCCCGAGUGGAGCAACGGGGCGGAGAGAGCACAUCGGGAGACUGCGGGUGGUCGGCAUGGCGGCAUUUGGUCGAGAGGUCUGUGCAUUCUACGAGUUGUAGGGAGGAUGAUGAUAAGGAUGAUGCGUUUCGAAGGGAGAAAGGGAGUGAUGUCGAGGAUAUAAGUGAAUCGAAUGGCGCUGGGGAUACGGAUUCUGCGAGUGCGAAAGUUGCAAAGACGGAAGCGAGGGACCUGGUGCAUCAUGUACAUGUGUCGUUCCUCAAGCAGAAGCUGGAACACGACUUACGAGACACAAUCAGUUAUCAGGAGCUUCUGGAGUUAUGUCGGUCUGUGGGGAUGGCCCCUUCGGAUGAAGAUGCUACGAGGAUGGUGGAUGUCCUUAACCAGGCGGGUGUUGUGUUGAUAUUCCGGGACAAGGUUCAUUUACAUCCUGAUAAGAUCGUGGAGCUUGUGGCGAACGUGCUCCCGCUUUCCCUUCUCGGUGAAGACGACCAGCGGCGGAUGGAGUUGUCGGCGUUGGCGCAAAAGAAGGAGGAGAUCGACAAGAAAGCACAUAAACAAAUGCGAAUGGUAUUGUGGUCGGGGCUCUUUGGUCUCACAUUUCAAGUCUUGAUCUUCUUCCGGCUCACGUUUUGGGAUCUUUCGUGGGACGUUAUGGAGCCUAUCGCCUUCUUCACCACUGCCACUGGUAUCAUUUGCGGCUACGCGUAUUUCAUGUUCACGUCCCGCGACCCUAGUUACCAAGACCUCAUGCAGAGAAUUUUCCAGUCCAGGCAACAAAAGCUGUUCAAGCUGCAAAACUUUGACUACGAGAGGUUUAAAGAGUUACAGAUGCAGUGCCAAACUCCAAUCACACGAAAGAAGAUCCUGCCGAACCCCAGUCGAAAAUGAAGUCUGCUAAGGGACAAACUUCUUUCCGGUAAGGUUCAGGAGUCUUCCUUCAUUCUUUACUCGAAUAGAUCACGGAUUUGCAGGCAUUUGGUUAGGAAAAUCCAGCCAUUUCAAUGGAGUUUGUGAACUCUAACAUAUGUGAUUAUAACGAAUAGUCUGAUUCAUUUGGGUGAUCGAUGGGUGCAUAGCAGCUUUAGAUUUAAGUUUCAGAAUAGUACUGCCAUGGAUUAGGUUCACGUAGACCACCCUCCGGAUGCUGUAAUUUACUUACAUGAUUGAUCAUGAAAUCUUACACAUUGUUGAGCCACUGCUCUGUGGCCACGGUGCCGAUUAAACUUAAA